AUGCUUCUUUCUUUAAUUUCCAUCCGUUUUGAUAAACUUGAAAGGAGAACUCGAGCUGAAGUAUGCAAUAGAUAUAAAACUGAUGUAUUUAGUACUAGUUAUGAUUACUGGGGAACUUCUAUUUACCCAGAUCAAGCAGGACAAUGUGGUAGAAAAAGUUACGACAAAGCAACAGACGAUAAUAAAGCUCUUAAAGAACUUAAUUACAUGAGAUGGCUUGUUGGAUUUGAUACACCAGUUACACUUCUUUCAGGAUCACAAUAUGAUGAUGAACAAGUCAAAUGCGCAAUAUGUAAUGUAAUUAACAGAGAACUAGAUCACACCCCUCCUUCAACUAAAACUUGUUAUUCAAGUGCAGGAUACAAUGGAUGCUCAUCUUCAAAUCUUGGUGCAGGCUAUGGAAAUUAUGAUGCACCAAUGGCAGUUCAGCAAUUUAUCAAAGAUAAUGGCGAAUCUAAUUUAAACUUAGGCCAUAGAAGGUGGGUUCUUUAUGGUGGCCUUAAACAAACUGCAUUUGGUGGAGCUUACAAUUCAAAAAGAUCAGAUGAAAAAGGCUUUACAAACUCUGUGUCAAUGAAAACAUCUGGCAUGGGAUGGCCACCGGAAGAUCAGUUAACAUUUACAGCAUAUCCUCCACCAGGCUAUUUCCCAGCCAGAUUUAUAUAUAAUAGAUUUAGUUUUUGGGCUCCAGGAAUCCCAGAAGGCGGACCGUUGCAAAUUACAGUGAAUUUUGACGGAGUUCAACAAAAUAUUGCAUAUCAAUAUUAUACAACGGAUUGGUAUGGUGGACCACAACGUGGUGCAAUGUUCAAUAUUUCAAGUUUACCAAUGGAUUAUUUAAGUGAUAUUGAUUAUCAAACUUUAAUCGGAAAGACUAUUGAUAUACAAGUGAAGUAUGGUUCAAAUGUCUAUGAUUAUACCGUCAAACCAAUUGAUUGCGAUGCAGAAGAACAAACUCCAACAAGAUCUCCAACUAGAUCUCCUACACCACCACCAACAAGAUCACCAACUAGAUCUCCUAUACCACCACCAACUAGAUCUCCUACACCACCACCAACUAGAUCUCCUUCACCACCACCAACUAGAUCUCCAACGAAAUCAACACCAACUAGAUCACCUACACGAUCUCCAACUAGAUCUCCAACGAAAUCAACACCAUCAAGGUCACCAUCUCCAUCACCAUCUAGAUCGCCAACACCCAAGGUUACAACUCCACAGGAAGAUAUAACAACCACAGCGACAAAAGAAAACACACCUUUGCCAACAACUCAAACAAUAGCACAGAUCCCGGUUGACAGUCCAAGUGGGAACAGCGGCGAGAGCAGUAAUGAUAACCAAAGCGGCAAGAAACAAGAACACGACAAGAAGAUGAAGAUCAUUGUCAUUGCUUCAGCCGCCGCUGUUGGUCUUAUCCUUGUUAUCAUCGUUAUUUCAACUGUUGUUGUUUGCAAGAAGAAAUACGGCAAACAAGAAGCAGAAUCAGAUCGCAGUGAACUCAACAUGAUGUUUCUUGUUUAA